AUGUCAGACAAACCUAAUGACCUACCCAUCUGCUCCGUCGUUGGAGUUACCGUUAAUCUCCUCUCAGCUAAUACCGAUCCAUUCGAUGUCGGCGUGACGCUCGAUAGGAGCAAGAAGUAUCCAUUGGUAGCUGCAGACCAAGAAGAAGGCACUUCAUUUCAACCACCAGGGUCGGACGACACCUACUGGUUACCAUCUAACUUUCGGAAAACUGAUAUCGGUGCCCAAAAUGUGGAGGGUGAUCUCUUUGUCGCCACCGGCUCGGAGCUCGCGAGUGACUUGGAGAUGAACCCCAGCCUGAGCAUCAGCCACGCCGGCGUUUCGGUCGAGGAUUCAGAGGGGUUUCGCUACUCGACGUCGUUGAAGAACAACAGCCUUUAUGGAAUAUACAGUUUCGAUCAAAAGGUCUACUCCGUCGGGCUGAAACCUAGUAACGAUGUUUACAAUUUUGUGUCCGAAGAAUACGUUAGUGCUGCAAACGCACUCCCAGACUGGGUGGAAGAAAUCAGCAAAGAGAGUGAUGAAACUUCCCUGGCUGAGGCAUCGGAUGUAGUCAAGAAAUAUCAGAGUUUUUUCAACCGCUGCGGAUCUCAUGUCGUUGAGGAGUGUCACUUGGGCAGUCGCUAUCAGCUGCUAGUUGAGAGUCCUGAGACCGGAAUCGAAAAGAAGGAAGAUUUUCUGCGUCUUGUCAAGAAAGAGUACAGCGGCAUCUUCAACACCGCUGCUGACCCCAAUAUUGCGAGCUCGUCUGAAUUCAACGAGUACUUACGCAAGCGACGUUCCCAAUGCAAGAUUAUAGGCGGAGAUAUAGGGGCAGCCAAUGCGCUCGCACAUAACCCAACCGAUUCCGACAAAUUUCAGGAGUGGAUGUCGACUCGCAGUGCCGAUCCCCCCCAUGCCCUUGUUCAUAUCAAGACAACCAGCGUCGGCUCUUUCUUGGAAAGGAGUGAGAAUGAAGAGCACCAAGAAGCGGCUGCUAAGCUCAAGCCGGCGAUGGAAUACCUUAGCGGUCUUCACACUCUCAAGGGAACAUUGUCUACACUAUUCCUAGCAUCCUCCGGUUGGAUUGAGCUCUCUGUUACCCCAUUGCCUGGCGUGACAGUUCGUGUGGUUGAUAAGCCGAUCGUGGUAAUCACACAGGUAUCCCCAACAUCGGUCAAGGUGCAGCCAGUGGUGAAGGAAUCAUACAUUGAGGUCGGAGUCAUCAUCACAGCACCAGACGAGCAAGUGGAUGUCUCCUUCAGUACUUCCGCAACCGGAUCUUUCGGUGCACUCAGCACCCUCAGCCUCACCCCAUAUGGCCCUGAGAAGUAUCGGACGGCAAUUAGGGGGGUCGCCACUUCUGAUGAAGCAUUCUCGGUUUUGGUUCCAAGCCUGAUUUCGACGGGGCGGUUUGGAGGCACUGGAACACUGAAGGGAACAUUGGAAGUCGAGGCAAGAGAAUAUGCUUCAUUUCAUAUGGCGUUGCAAAAGCAGGCAACUGGAGUCUCUAUGAAAAUGUUGGCUACGGUGGAACGCAAGGAUGCCGAAUAA